UUUUUUGUGUAUUUUUAAAGAUGGUCAUAAUACAUUUUGAACUUAAUGGGUAGCAUUAGUCUAGUAUGAUGAUAUAACACAGAAUCACAACUGUUUGUACCAUCCCGCUCCGGUAAGAACAAUAAUGAUUGUUGUGUGGGUUGACUCGUCAUCCGUUCGUCUGAUCUCGUCGGGAGGGAAGAAACCUGUGAAAGAGUCGGGGUUGCCCCCCGGAUUAAGCUCCGACGCUCAAGUUAGUGUAGGUUUGUGGAGAGAGUUGAGAGAAUAGAUAGAGAGAUAAAGUGUAGAGAGAUAGUAGAAAGUGGAAAGUGAGGAGAGAGAGAAAAGUCCCCCUUCAAUGGGGAGUUUCAUGCCUUUAAAUACUUCGUAGUGGCGUUCGUCCGGAGCACGUUACCGAUUGAGCGCACCCUUAUUUAGUCCGCGCGUGGAGUAUUUAGUAACACCCCCAACAAUUGCCCCCCAAGCUGGUGGUGAGUCUUAACUCAUCGCUAUCUUAUUUUUUUUUUUUAAAAAAUCUUCGUCGGUAAUUUUGGGUGGAGCCCUAUGUACCCCAGUUGCCCCCAGCUGGUGGCGCGUUUGACUGACGCGGUGCCAGCUUCUUGCGUCUUGCCCCCCAGUUGGUGUAUUUCAUUAAGGCGUGUAGCCUUCGCCCCUUGUAGAUUCUUCAUGGAGCUCUCCUCGUCGGGGUUUCUAACCCUCAGUUUGGAGUCUUCGAUGCUCUUAUUGAAGUCUUAUUUGUGUGCUUCGUUGAGACUUAUUUGUGGCUCCUCGUCGGGGUUUUUAACCCUCAGUUUGGAGCCCUCCUCGUCGGGGUUUUAAACCCUCAGUUUGGAGUCUUCGAUGCUCUUAUUGAAGUCUUAUUUGUGUGCUUCGUUGAGACUUAUUUGUGGCUCCUCGUCGGGGUUUUUAACCCUCAGUUUGGAGCCCUCCUCGUCGGGGUUUUUAACCCUCAGUUUGGAGUCUUCGAGGCAAUGUGCCCUCUCCCUUAGCGCCAUUAACACUCAUGAGAGUAAAAUAUUUCAAUAUUUGAUAGUGAUAAAGGGAUAGAGUACUUAGCUUUCUAUUGGCGAAGCGGCGCGAAGAAUUGUUAAAAGGCAGAUGCUGCGCCAUUGAAACACAAGGCGUGUAUGUAGCCUACUGGUAUUGUUGCUUGUCACGCGAAGGAGUGACGCGGGUUUGAACCCUCGCGGUGAUGAUAUUAUUUUUGAUGGGGCGCCUGUUGGAUGCGGGGCGCGAGUUGGGCCGUGCACUUGUGGCGGGCUUAAUGUGACGCGGGUGAGUCGGACGGGCCGCGAGUUGGGCCUGACGCGGAGUGGAGGACUGGAGGUCAGGCGGAGGUUGACUUGUGCGAAGCGGCGCGAAGAGUUGUUAAAAGGCAGACGCUGCGCCAUUGAAGCAGAAGGCUUGUAUGUAGCCUACUGGCAGUAGCGCUUGUGAGAUGGAGUGAUGGCGCCGGUUCAAGUCCUCGCAGCGACAAUAAUAUUUUUGAUGUGGCGCGUCUUGGAUGCGGGGCGCGAGUUGGGCCGUAUGACGCGCGAGGUGGACAGGCGGUGAUGUGGGCCGCAAGCAUGGGUUGUAGGGUGGCGCGGCGUAGUAGUUCAAAUGCAGGCGUUGCACUAUUGAAGCACAAGGCUCGCUUGUAGCCUGCUGGUAAUGAUUCUUGCCUGUCGGAGGAGUGGCGCGGGUUCGAGUCCUUGCGCCGACGAGAUUUUUGGAAAAGUGCUGAUCUGAUGGAUGCUGCGCGGGCCGCGACUUGGUUGGGCCGCGCGGGCUGGUGGGUCGCGCUUGGUGACACGGGCUGGUGCAGUGCGCGGCGCGGGCCGCUACUUGGUUGGGCCGCGCGGGCUGGUGGUGGAAGCGGGAUCGGUGGAGUGCGCGGCGCGGGACACUACUUGGUUGGGCCGCGCGGGCUGGUGGAGUGCGCGGCGCGGGCCACGACUUGGCUGGGCCGCUCCAGCUGGUGGGUCGCGCCUAGUGCGACGCGGGCUGUGAUGCGGUGUGGAGCGUGACGCGGGCCCGCAAGUGAAGUCAGGGCCGCAUGAAGGAUUGGGCCUGGUGCGACGCGGGCCGCGACUUGGUUGGGCCGCGCCGGUUGGUGGGUCGCGCCUGGUGACGCGGGCUGGUGGAGUGCGCGGCGCGGGCCGCUACUUGGUUGGGCCGCGCGAGCUGAGGGUGGAAGCGGGAUCGGGUGAAGCACAGGGAACACCAAGAAGCAGAAAAAUUGCUCAUCGCGGCGGGCUGUAGCAAACCUUUUUUUUUUUUUCAUCCACUUUCCAGCCUGGCAUCCACUUGCCUAUUACUUUGCAUCGAUGCUUGUGCCUUUCUUUUUCUGACACAAGGAGAAAGUAGUGGUAACCCUUGUAUUUUUUUUUUUGGGAAAAGCUGUAUGAGGAUGAUGUGACUAUUCUCGACGGGACAGCCGACUUCUGCUUUUAGUCGUCAAAACUCUGGCGACCGAAAUUUGGAUGGCGCAUGGCGCUAGAAGGAGGGCAACUUUUCUGUUUCUUGGAGAAAAUGUUCUUACCAAUGCAGCAACCUCCUUUGUUUUUGCGUCCUCUAUCCCUCGGAAAUCAGAUGAACGAAAUUGAUGAGUUGCCCCACGGUGGGCGCCAAUUGUUUGUACCAUCCCGCUCCGGUAAGAACAAUAAUGAUUGUUGUGUGGGUUGACUCGUCAUCCGUUCGUCUGAUCUCGUCGGGAGGGAAGAAACCUGUGAAAGAGUCGGGGUUGCCCCCCGGAUUAAGCUCCGACGCUCAAGUUAGUGUAGGUUUGUGGAGAGAGUUGAGAGAAUAGAUAGAGAGAUAAAGUGUAGAGAGAUAGUAGAAAGUGGAAAGUGAGGAGAGAGAGAAAAGUCCCCCUUCAAUGGGGAGUUUCAUGCCUUUAAAUACUUCGUAGUGGCGUUCGUCCGGAGCACGUUACCGAUUGAGCGCACCCUUAUUUAGUCCGCGCGUGGAGUAUUUAGUAACACCCCCAACAACAACUAAUCAGUCCAUUACCCUAACCUAUUAACCUCAAUUUUGAAUCCCAACCCAAAAUCUCAAACUAUAAACCCUAACCUUAAUUCCUAAACUCUAAAUCAUUCAAAUUAAAGUGAAUCUUGAAUG